CUUUUGUAUCAUUUUUAUUUUUAUUGCUUCUUUACUUAUCAAAUUAAUAAAAUAAAUAAUUUUACAAAGCAAUUUUUUUUUAAAGUUGGGAACAAUGAACAAAUACUCAUAUCGAUGUAGUAGUAUUUUUUUUAGUUCUAAAAUCUGUUAAUUAAAAAUUUAAAAUUUUGUUGUGCAGAUAGCAAAUUUGUAUAGGCCUUCUUUUAAUGAUCCCUCAACAACUAUGGACAUUUCCCCUACUAUACCGUUACCCAGAUUAAACCGGCAUUUGUAAUUGAAUACAUUUCAAAAUUGAAAAAUCAUAUAACAAAUUUAAAUAGUUUAUGUAUCUAUGAGAUUGAUCAAUAAUAAAUCAUGUAUGAAUAAUCAUACGAUGAUUGAUUUAUAAAGGAGUAGACUAGCAAUAGACUACUGUAUUACAACUAGAUGUGUUUAAAUUUAAACUAAUGGUUUUGAUCCCGGUUCAUUUUGUGAAAAAAUUUCCGGUUCGAUUAUAAUUGAUUUGAUUCGGUUACUCCCGGUUUAAAACACAUUGACCCUCUCUCUCACACCUCUAACUAACUAAUUAAUAAAAAAGUUUAGGAAAAAAGAACGGUAAAAGCAAAAGAAAUGUGUUGGAUGAGACUCUUUCUCUUUCAAGUUAUGCUUAUAAAAAAAACACGAAAGCAGGAAGAAGAAGCUCCAAAGUCAAGGGAGCAAAUCAACCUCUGAUUGAUUCAUCGUCUUCUCUUCACCAAUCGAGAAACCUUCUUCUUCUCCAAAUCCAUCUUUCUCUUAAAAAAAUGAAGUCGAGUUCUCCAAAAUGCAUCCCCGUCGUCUCCACCUUCGCCUCACCCUUCGACGUAACACCACCGUCCUCCGACUCAACCCGUAAGCCCCUGAGUCUGUGGCCUGGCAUGUACCACUCUCCCGUCACCAUCGCUCUAUGGGAAGCGAGGUCCAAGAUCUUCGAGUCUCUCCUCGAUCCUCCCAAAGACGCACCUCCUCAGAGCGAGCUUCUCACAAGGACGCCCUCACAUAGCCGAACCACCAUCUUCUACCCUUUCUCCACUGAUUACAUCCUCCGCGAGCAGUACAGAGAUCCCUGGAACGAGGUCCGCAUCGGGAUCUUGCUCGAAGAUCUCGACGCUUUGGCUGGUACUAUCUCCGUCAAGCACUGUUCUGAUGAUGAUAGCACCACGAGGCCACUCUUGCUGGUCACAGCUUCUGUUGAUAAGAUUGUUUUGAAGAAGCCCAUUAGUGUCGACACUGAUCUGAAGAUUGUUGCUUCUGUCAUUUGGGUUGGUCGCUCAUCCAUCGAGAUUCAACUCGAAGUUAUCCAAUCUGAACUCGAAGACGCUGAUGCUUCUCCAGAGUCAGUAGCCUUAACUGCCAACUUCAUUUUCGUGGCGCGUGACUCCAAGACUGGCAAAGCCGCACCCAUCAACCGCCUCUCUCCAGAAACCGAGCUCGAGAAGCUUCUGUUCGAGGAAGCUGAAGCUAGGAACAACUUGAGGAAGAAGAAGAGAGGAGGCGAGAGAAAGGAACUCGAUCACGGAGAGUACAACAAGCUCGGGGGUUUGUUAGCUGAAGGAAGGAUCUUCUCCGACAUGCCGGCACUUGCGGACAGAAACAGCAUUCUCCUUAAAGACACCCGUCUCGAAAACUCCCUGAUAUGCCAGCCGCAGCAGAGGAACAUCCACGGCAGGAUCUUUGGAGGGUUUUUGAUGCACAGAGCGUUUGAGCUGGCCUUCUCCACAGCUUAUACGUUUGCUGGUCUAGUGCCUUACUUCUUGGAAGUUGAUCACGUUGAUUUCCUCAGACCAGUGGACGUUGGGGACUUCUUACGUUUCAAAUCUUGCGUGCUCUACACUCAACUGGAUAAACUGGAUUGUCCGCUCAUCAAUAUAGAAGUUGUUGCCCAUGUUACAAGCCCAGAGAUUCGUUCCAGUGAGGUUUCGAAUACAUUCUACUUUAAGUUCACAGUACGGCCAGAGGCAAAGGCUAGAAACAAUGGGUUUAAGCUUCGGAACGUUGUUCCUGCCACAGAGGAAGAAGCGCGUCAUAUCCUCGACCGCAUGGAUGCAUGAGCUUUGAACUCAAGCAAACAACAAAACUACACUUAACUAUACUGUAAUAUGGCUACGUGUAAUAAAAGACUUUGCGUAUCAGGUCUUAUCCUCUGAGACCACAGAUUAACUAGCAAUGUAGAACGCAUUUCUUGUGUUUAUACAUUAUUUACUAAUAAUAAUUCAAUCAAAGAUUUGGCCUACUCA